ACGAAGCAUGGAAGUUACUACGUAAACAUACUUCACGGCGAGACCGCGUGAUCUUGUCUACUUACAACAAUAUUCCAUCUGAUCGUAUACAGAACAGGAAAUGUUAUUUUAUUUGUUAUUUGUGCCUUGACUUCUCGCUGUUUUAGAACAAAAGGACAAUGUUUGACAGUUUGCGCGAUAGAUUUCAAACUGUUCAAGAAGGAAUAACAGCUAGAGGCCUGUCUGUGUCGGAUCCCACAAAAAGGUUACAUGUGAAUAAUGCCGUAAAUUACAAUGCUGGGGCAGAUCUCCUACAGAAAUAUCAGAACGACUGGAGUGAAUUACAUAAACUGUCAGAAGAAAAUGCUAAUAAAGCUCAAGAAUUAGAUAAUGUCAUUGGAACGCUACAUAAACAAUAUGAGAAGCAUUGGACAGAUAUUACUCAGAUUGGAGCAUCUCUAGCAGCAAUACCACAAUUAUUAAAUAGUGUUCAACAGUUAAUGGAGGAAAUAGGAACUUUACAAGAACUUUUUGAGGAAGUUGAAAAGGGGUUAUUCUAUUUAGAAGAUCUUGUAGAAACUCAAGAAUUACAGGAACGCCAGCUAGAUCAUCGAUUUCAAUUUGCUUUGUAUAAAGAAAAGAAACUAGCAGAAUUAGAAACAGUGAGGGUUCAGUUGGCUAGUGAGCAUUCUAAGAAAGUUUUCCAACAUGAAAUAAGACAGCAACAACUUCUUCGUGAAAGGCAAGACACUUUUGGCCAAGCCUUUGAAGAUGAUGUUCAACAGUACAAACUUUCUGGGAAAGUGCCAGGUGCAUCUAAAAAAAGAAAUGUAGAAAAGGAAUUAUCUUUGGAAGAAGUUACCCUAGAACCAGAAGAUCCACAGGCUUUAGAUGAAUUUCUUGCUAGUGGCUCAAGCACUGCAUCACAAGAUUUAGCAGUAGAUGACAAAGAUAAAUAGCUAUGAAAAUUGACUGACUUCCUGUUCACACAAGAUAGAAUUUGGAUAGUAUGUAAAGAUCUAGUAAUACUUAAUUCUUACUCUAAUCCUGUUCAGUUUGGUUUUUAUGCUGAAUUCUUUUAUUUUAAACUUUUAAAAUGUCAGAAAUUCCUCUCCCAUAUACCCAACUUACCACACAAAGUUUUUGUUAACUUUGGAGAAAAGGAACGGUGUUAUAUAAAAAAAAAUAAUACCUACUUAAUUUCCAUUUUCAUGUUGAGGUUAGACAAUAACAGAAGAAUUGUGAUAUACUUGACACAGCAUUUUUUGAUUCUUGUUUCUUUUUCAGAGACAUAUUUGCUCAAUUUUGAGUGGUUAUGUGCAAUAGUUUUUGUAUGAACAAAUGAAGAUACUGCAUCAAGAGCAAUAUAAAGAUAAUAAUAUUAUUUUAACUAAGCAAUUUAAAGUGUGUAGCAUGGUAUACAAGAAAUCGAGCAUGUAGCUGCAUUUUGUGACCCUCUGAUGUCAUGCAUUUGAGUCAAAAUAUUAAUUAAUGAAAUUUCCCCUUAUAUGAUUUUCUGGUUUUGCAGUUCAAUCAAAAACGCCAUUGUUACAAUUUUUGUUUGUUUGUUUGUUUUUCUCUCAAAACAAAUUCAUUUCUAAAUGAAUUUGUAAAGUCCACAACAUUUGGUGGUUUUCAAUUUUUUCUGAAAUUAGAAGUAGAAGUUACGUUCAUAUCUGAAAAAUUAUUCUAUGUAGCUUCUGUUAACAACUAAAAAGAUUAUAGGAGAAUUUUUAUUAUUGUGUUGAAAUGACGUCUGUUUUCCCAUCAGAGCUUGAUCACUGCUUGAUUUCGCCAAUUUUAUUAUAAGUUCCACUUAUGUAAAAACUAAUAUCAACCUUAGCAAAGGAUUGCUAUAAUAUAAGUAAAUUGGAAGUAAAUUGAUUCCAUAUUAUUUUGCAGAGGAGAGGAAAUAAUUGUUUAGUGGUUGUAUUAAUAGUUAUUCCAAUUAGGAGAAAGAACUAGGAAGAGAUAGUUAUGACAAAAAUUUGAAGGCUCAUGGAUUGAUGUUCUUAAAUAAGCAUUGUAAGUUGUGCAAAUUAAAACAAGGUUAGGAAAUUGUUUUUGAGUAAAAUAGUACUUUAAAAGGGAGAAGGGUUUAAGUUAUUCAAAUGUAGAAAUAUCAAAGAGAAAUCUUGAGAAUUGUACUCAAUGUCUAUUAAAAUUGGUUUAACAUGAAGCUUAAAGGUUAGGUACAGUUCAAAAGUUGGUAUUUUUUUAAAUUGCAGGAAAUAAAAUAUUUAGUUGUAAUCUUCAUGUACAAAAAACUCUUUGCUUAUUGUUCGUGAAGAAAAUUAAUACAAUGAAGCAGAUCUUGAUAGAAGCUCUUGCAUUCUGGUGCAAACUUUAUAAAUGUGCAUUUAUUCUUAUAUAAACAUAAAACUUAAUUUAGUUCAAGAAUGCAAUGCAAUGUUAAAAUGUGUGGAAUUUCCUUUUGCUAUAAUUUGCAAUAAAAAAACUAAAUUAUUUAUAUGUGUUUUUUAAUGAAUACAGUUUCAGAAGCAUAAAAACUGCUCAAGCCUGUUUCCAUAAGAAUACUACAAGUAAUAAUUAAGUGAAACUCUUAACAUUUUAAACUAGAUAGAUAUUAAUAGUUUGUUUUUGUAUAUUAGAACAGAAUUUUAUCAAACAAUUAAUACCAAGACAUAUUAAACAUCAAUAUUGGAAAAGAUAUUUAACCCAAAACGUAUGUAAAUUUACUUUGCUUUCGUGACUUAGUACAGAAUUUUAACAAAGUAAAUUUAUGUUCAUUUUCGAUUAAAGUAUGUUUUUAAAUGUUGAGGUUCCUUUUCAAAGAGUCAACUGUACUUAGAGUAACUCAUGUUUUAUAGAUGAAAAUAAUAAUUCCCAGUAUAUAUGGUAAUAUGGUGUGAAUGAAUUCCUAGUUAACAAGUAGUGUGACAACAUCUGGGCUUGCUCAGUUUUGAAUGAUUUAAUAUACUCUUUAUGAUCUGAAUUACUUGUUACAAUAUUUGCGCUCCCUAGAAUUAUUCAAGAGGAUUACGU